AUGGCGACCAUCCGGAUGUUCGCCGCGGCGAGGGGCGUGCUCGGCUACCACGGAGCUGCAUGGGCGAACCUGUACUUCUCGGACGCGACCACAUGCAACAUGAUGGUAUCCACGUAUUACGAUUUGGAGAGUACAAAGCCUUGGCGCACCUCUUUCGAAACUGGAAUUCCCAAUCCAAACGCGCAUUUCUUCUAUUACCUGCUGCCCCUCCAGAUGCUCCUGGAUGCGAAUCACGUUCAUCACGACGCAUAUCUUGCUCGCACGGAGAAGGACCAUUUCAUCAAGGACUUGGAUUGGGUCCCUUUGCGUGACGUUGAUAUCGAGGAGGUUACGAACGCCAUGGUGCAAUGCCUUGUCGACCCCGCCGCCUACGAACAGGGGCACGCGGACCACGAGUCCAAGCUGUGGACGCACGGCUGGGAGCCCGUGCAGGCGGCGCGCGUUCCGCCGAUGAGCGGCAGGCUCACCUCCAUCGAGCGGGACCCGUGCUCGGGCUGCGACGUGACCGUGGACUUGCGCUGCGAGGACUACAAGAGCACCCGGGGCACCUACUACGGCAGCGUGGCGCACUGCCUCCUGCCAUCGUACGAGAUGUUGCAGGUCGCGCGCGAGGCGGCUACCAACAGCAGCGCACAGGUGUGCGCCAUGACCUGGCGGGAGGGCCAUUCCCUGCGGCCGUUCUUGGAGUUCGUGUCCGACAUCCGGUGGCACAAG